AUGGCGGACGAAGAGAAGAAGGUGAUUGUGGCCGACGACGUCGACGAGAACGACGAGGAAGAGGACGACGCCAUGGACGGCGGCGCCGACGCGGGCGCGGCCAAGAAGAAGAAGAAGAAGAACAAGAAGAAGAAGAAGAAGACCGCGGGCUCGGCCGGCGCAGGCACCAAGCUGCCGCCCUUCCGCGGCGUCGAUGGCUACACCGACAGCUACAUCAAAUACGGCCAGACCGAGCCGCCGACGAUUCCUGUCGCCAAGCUCUUUGGCGCGGGCUCGUUCCCCAAGGGCGAGGAGCAGAACCACCCGGGCGACUUCAACACGUACCGCACGACAUCCGAAGAGAAGCGCGCGCUGGAACGCGAAGGCGAGGCGUUGUACGACCGCAUGCGCUACGCGUCCGAGGUGCACCGUCAAGUGCGCAAGUUUGCCCAGAGCAUCAUCAAGCCCGGCAUUCGCCUCAUCGACAUGUGCGAAGCGCUUGAAAACAAGAACCGCGAGCUCGUCGAAGAAGCCGGCUUUGCUCGUGGCAUUGGCUUCCCGACGGGCUGCUCGCUCAACCACGUCGCGGCCCACUACACGCCCAACGCCGGCGACGACACGGUCCUCAAGUACGGCGACGUCAUGAAGAUCGACUUCGGCACGCAAGUCGACGGCCGCAUCAUCGACUCGGCCUUCACGGUCGCCUUCGACCCGCAGUUUGACCCGCUCCUUGCGGCUGCCAAGGCCGCGACGGAAGAAGGUAUCAAGUGCUCGGGCAUUGACGCGCGCCUUGGCGAGAUCGGCGGUGCCAUCGAAGAGGUCAUGGAGUCGUACGAGGUGACGAUCGAGGGCAAGACGUACCCGGUCAAGUGCAUUCGCAACCUCAACGGCCACUCGAUCGGCCCGUACCAGAUCCACGCGGGCAAAUCGGUGCCCAUCGUCAAGACGGCCGAAGACACCAAGAUGGAGGAAGGCGAGAUCUUUGCGAUUGAAACCUUUGGCUCGACGGGCCGCGGCUACGUCGUGGAGGACAUGGAGUGCUCGCACUACGCCAAGGCGUUUGAUGCGCCGCAUGUGCCGCUCCGUCUGCCCCGGGCCAAGAAGCUUCUCUCGCACAUUACGCGCACGUUCGGGACGCUGCCGUUCUGCCGGCGCUGGAUGGAGCGCGAAGACGGCGGGUCGACGCACAUCAACCCCAAGGGCGCCAAGCAGGAAAAGUACAUGGUCGCGCUCAAGAACCUUGUCGACAAUGGCAUCAUCACGGCGUACCCGCCGCUCUGCGACGUUGUCGGCAGCUACACGGCGCAGUACGAGCACACCAUCAUCCUCAAGCCGACGUGCAAAGAAAUCGUGUCGCGCGGUGACGACUACUAGCGACGUGUUCAGAACCCGUCAUUGACUCCUGAUAAACCCAUCAAACACGCUGUAGACCUGCCAGGACC